AUGACAUUAUUUGUUUUUUUAUUUGGUAUUAUUGGAAAUUCAUUAAAUACAUUAGUACUUUCACAAGCAAAACUACGUUCUAAUCCAUGUGUUCUUUACUUUCUCGGUUCAUCUGUGUCUAGUCUUGGAAUCAUUCUAGUUGGUCUUCCAACACGCCUCAUAGAUGGAUGGAUAUCAACUGAUCCGACGAAUACAAAUUCUUUACUUUGUAAAUUACGUAUUUUUCUUCUCUAUGGAUUUCGUACAACAUCAGUUUGGCUUAUUGUACUUGCUACUAUUGAUCGAUGGCUUGUAAGUAAUACUCGAGUUACAAGACGAUUUUUAAGUUCUCGUCGAACUGCACAUAAAAGCAUUAUUAUUGUCCAUAUUUUAUCAUUUCUUUUAUGGGCACAAUCUGUUUUUUGUUAUAAUACUAACCUUCCUCAAGCUCCUCUUAAAUGUUAUGGAAUGACAGCGGCAUGUCGAAUUUUUAAUGAUGUUGUAUAUGCAAGUUCAACUGUCAUUAUUCCAUCAUUAUUAAUGUUAAUCUUUGGGUUUUUAACUAUUCAUAAUAUAAAUCAAUCUCGUCGAACAAUUAAACCAUUUAUUGGUACGGUUAUGCCUAUGAAUUGCUCAAAUAAGAUGAAACGAAGAAGAAUACGAUAUAAUAAAGGUUCUCUCACUGGUAUGCUUCUUCUUCAAGUUAUUCUCUUAACUUUUCUUUCGUUGCCACAAGCUAUACAUCAGCUUUAUUUGACGCUUACUAUUCACAUAACCCGAAGUCCAUUUCGUAACGCUAUAGACAAUUUUAUUAUUAAUCUGGAUUUCUCUCUUACAUACGUCGGAAAUAGUAUUCCUUUUUACAUUUAUACACUUACUGGAGCUUUAUUUCGUCAAACUUUUAUUAAACUUGUUCUUUCAAUAUAUCUACAAUUGAAACUUUAUCUAUCUAACAUUUAUUCUGAUCUUAUUAAUUAUUUUUUUCCUGUUUCUCGUUCACAAGUAACAUUAGAAUAA